AAUCUUCUCUCAUUCCUCAUUCCUCACUCCUCACUCGUCGCACCUGCAUUUGCUUCAACUCGGAAUAAAAUCUCAGCGCCUACCUUCGUUCCGCAGAAUUCAACCGCUUAUUCAAAAUGAAGUCCUCCGCUGUCAUUCUUGCACUUGCCGCUACUGGUAAUGCUGCUAUCCUCGCCCGCGAUGCAGCCACUGUCCUCGCCGAUAUCAAGACUAUCGACUCGGAUACACAAAGCCUGACGACCGCUGUCAAUGCUUUUAACGAUAUCAGCGGCGCUGCGGCACUCAUCGCUGCUGAGAGCAGUCUUUCGGAUGCGAUCAAGAAGGGAACCACCGACGCGAAGGCUACCACUUCAGUCUCUGACUCUGAGGCCCAAUCUAUUCUAGCUGCUGUCAAGAGUCUCAUUCCAAACAUUGUUACAUCUCUCAAUGCUGUGGUGUCGAAGGAUGCGGCAUUCACCUCUGCUGGUGUCCAGUUUGUCGUUGCUGGUAACUUGGCUUCGCUCCGAACUGAAUCCUCCGACUUCGCCGCUGCUUUGAUCGCCGGGUCCCCCGAGGGAGCUAAAGCUGGGGGAAAUGCUGCAGCUUCUUGCAUUGAUGCUGCUUUCGAGGCUGCUAUCGCUACCAAGACCGCUGACGGUUCUUGCGCCAGCUCAGUCACUUUUGUGGGUGGAUCAGGCUCUACCUCAGCACCAGCCUCCCAGUCCUCCACCCAGUCUGCCUCAGCAACAAAUGCUCCUUCAAGUUCGGCUCCCCAAGAAACAUCCCCAUCCACUUCGAAGGGAUCCGUUCCCGCUGUCUCUUCCACCAAGAGUGCUGAGUCAACAGCUGCUGUUCCAUACCCAACUGGAACAACAACCAGUGCACCUGUUGUUGUUAGCACAGGAAGUGCUUAUCCCACGUCCACUGGUCCAAUUCAGGUCAGCCCCAACAGUGGGGCCUCCGUCAAGGUUGGCUUGACUGGUAUCUUUGCCAUUCUUGCUCUCGCCAUUCUCCUGUAAAUCUGGUCUGCAAUGGAUGUAAUGGUGCAUGAAACUUGGAUGUUAAUCAGAUUAAUAUCAUAACAUGUCGGACACAUACUUUGAUUCUGUUACAUGACUACUUUUGUGUCAUAGGACUUUAGUGGGCUGUUUAACGGGGCAUUAUUAGAUAGGAACAAGAAUGGAACGAAAUCAAUUGUCUUGAAA